AUGAAAGGUAGGAGGUUCACGUGGCAUUCAGAAAACGGGAGGAAAGCUAGUAAGAUUGACAGGUUCCUAGUCAACUCGGAGUUCUUCAACGCUUGGCCUGAAGCGUGUUUCAAGGCUCUGCCUUGUAGGUGGUCGGACCAUUGCCCUAUUAUCCUCUCCACAAAGCCGAUUAAUUUUGGGGCUCGGCCUUUUCGAGUCUUUAAUUCGUGGUUGGAUAAAGAAGGUUUCAAAGAAGUUGUAGUGAAUGCUUGUGCUGAGUUUGUUAAUGAUGGGUGGACUCCGGACGUUUAUUUGGUUCAUAAACUCAGAUUCAUUCGUGACAAAAUUAGAGUUUGGAGAGACCUAAUGCUUAAAAGAGAAAGGGAAAGAGUGGGGUCUGCAAACGAGGAAAUUGACGAGCUUGAAGAAGCGUUGGAGUCUAGGGAUUUAUCGGAGGAGGAGGAGUGGAUCCUAGCAGAAAAUAGAAGAAUUUUAAACGAGGUUGAGUUUGCUAAAAGUAUGGACCUCAAACAGCGGUCUCGGGUUAGAUGGGCUAAAGACGGGGACGAGAAUUCUAAAUUCUUCCACUCUCAAGUUAAUUCGAGGAAAGCUAGUAACACAAUUCAUGGGCUUUAUGUUGGUGGGUCUUGGGUGUCCAAACCGUCGCUAGUCAAAAAGGAGGUGUUCAACUUCUUUAAAGCUAGGCUUACGGAGGAGGUCGAGGAUCGGCCGAGUCUUGUUUGCCCCAACCUGAAAAGAAUUUCAGACGAGGAUGUAACCUGGUUAGAGGCCCGAUUCUCCUUGGAGGAAAUUAAGUCAGCCGUUUUUGACUGCGGGAGCGAUCGUGCUCCUGGUCCUGAUGGUUUCAAUUUCAGGCUCAAGAAGGUGUUGGGAUCGGUAAUCUCCGAUCCCCAGUCGGCUUUUUUGAAAGGCAGGAAUAUUCUUGACGGGGUCUUAAUCAUCAAUGAGGUGUGCUCCUGGUUGAAGAAGUGCAAGAAAAAGGCGUUCCUUUUCAAAAUCGAUUUCGAGAAAGCAUACGACAACAUUCAUUGGAAGUUCGUUGUGGAUGUGUGUCGUCAGAUGGGGUUUGGAUCAAAGUGGUGCAACUGGAUUAUGGGAAUCUUAUCUUCAGCCCGUGCGUCGGCUCUUGUUAACGGUGCUCCUACUUUCGAGUUUAAAUGUUCUAAGGGUAUGAGGCAAGGGGACCCUAUCUCCCCUUUUUUGUUUGUCAUCGACAUGGAGGCAUUAUCGUGCAUGAUUAGUAAAGCUGAGGAGGUUGGUUUGUUUUCCGGGAUCAAGCUUCCUUUUGAUGGUCCGUGUCUCUCUCAUCUAUUAUUCGCGGAUGACGCUCUCAUUGUUGGUGAAUGGUCUCAAGGGAACGCGGUUAACAUCGUUAGAAUCCUGAGAUGUUUCUAUGCUUGUUCGGGGCUGAGAAUAAAUUUGGGCAAAUCCAACCUCGUUGGGAUCGGAGUGGGCGAAGCGGAGUUAAAAGCUUUGGCAGAUGUGGUUAGUUGCUCCUCGGAUUCCCUCCCUUUCAAGUACCUCGGGCUUAAAGUAGGGGCUAAUAUGAACCGUAUCGCAAAUUGGAGACCGGUUUAUGAUAUCUUCGAGGCUAGGCUCGCUCUUUGGAAAUCCUCUUUGUUGUCUCUUGGUGGUAGAGUUACGCUCAUCCGUUCGGUGCUCGAGAGUCUCCCGUCUUAUUACUUCUCUAUUUAUAAGGCCCCGGUCAAGGUUAUUUCGGAUUUGGAAAAGAUUAUUAAGAAAUUUCUUUGGGGUGGGUCGGGAGAGGCAAAUAAAAUCCACUGGGUAGCAUGGGAUAGGGUGGCGUCUCCAAAAAAUGUCGGAGGUUUGGGCAUUUGUAAGUUGUCUCUUAUUAACCGUUCUUUGUUAAGUAAAUGGGGAUGGAGGUACAAGACGGAAAAUAAGAGUUUGUGGGUGAGGACGGUGGAUGCUAUACAUUCUAGUGGUUCGGGCUGGAUCUUUAUUCCGGUCAAAAAAGCGGUCUCGGGAGUGUGGCACAAUAUUGCGGACGUGUUCAGCAAGACUUUGCCGGGCAAUCGGAGCUUCCCUAGUCUUUUUCGGGGGGUAGUGGGGUGCGGGGAUCGUAUUCUUUUUUGGCUGGACCCAUGGUUGUCGGAUGUCCCUCUUUGUGUCCUCUACCCGAAUCUGUUUUCGCUCGAGGUUGUGAAAGACUGUAAGGUGAAGGACAGGAUUGAUGGGGUCUGGCUUUGGAAGCACGAUCCGGAACCGGGUGUCGAAUUCUCGGAGCUUAUUUCUCUUCAAUCGGCUAUGUCUUCAGUCUCGUUGAAUGGUUCGGCGGACAGGUGGAAGUGGCUCGGUAGUCAUUCGGGUCUCUUUUCCGUUGGGGCGGCCAAAGCGGCCUUAUCGGGCCCGAUUGUGGCCGACAACGUUUUCGUUGUGGACUGGUGCAAAUGGGUGCCAAGGAAGUGCAAUUUAUUCGUGUGGAGAGCCGAAAUGAACAGGAUUCCUUCUAUGGAUAAUUUAGCCAGGAGGGGGGUUCCCGUUGUGGAUGGGUUAUGUCCGUUGUGUAGAGACGAGGCCGAGUCGGUGGAGCAUCUUUUUACUUCAUGCUUCUUUUCUGUGAUUUUGUGGCAGAAGAUUAGUCAAUGGUGCAAGAUUCCCCCGAUUUUUGCCUUUUCUUUUAGAGAUUUGCUCGAGAUUCACAAAGCGAGUUAUAUCGAUGCUUCUAAGAGGUUGGUUAUUCAGGGUAUCAUAAUCGUCUCGUGUUGGUGUUUGUGGCAAGCUAGAAAUAAAGUCGUCUUUUCGAAUUGCGAAGCUAAAGUGGAGAAGGCAUAG